GCCUUGGGCAUGGACUUCCGAAUGCUCUCCAUCUCGGAAAUCAACCAGGAGUAUCGCGAGUUAUUCAUGGCCAACAUGCCUCAUGGACAUGUGAAGCAUCUGUUCGGCAGUUUAGAAGAGCAGCUCGCAGGGCAAUCGCCUUGCCUCUUGUGCCAGCAGCAAGGGCAGCAGUGCAGUGUGCGAGAGUUGUGCGAAGCAGAGGGGGUUGACCUUCUUAUCGCUGGGUCGCCGUGCGACCCUUUCUCGAAAAUGAGGGCUAAGCGGUUUGUUUCUGGCAGCCUGAAGAAGCACGUGUCGUAUGGGCUCACGAUGGAUGCGAUGGUGGCUAGCUUCCUAUGCCACAGGCCCAAAAUAGCCAUCAUGGAGCAGGUUGCCGGAUUCACGAUGACAUCUGAGGCAGAGGAAGCAGUGCAACCAGUGCCUGAGCCAGAGCGAGUGGCACCACAGCUGCAUGAACUGUCGACUCAGGCAUUGCAGACACAAAGGCAGGAAAACGAUCGUCUCAAGGAGAUGUUCGGGCCCAUGCGAUUUAUCAGGAAUGUGGGCAGCACGUUUCAGCGUGUAGUUUCAGAGGCUUUGGUCCAGUCUGUGGAUGUUCUGGUUCGAGCUGCUCGAACUCGUGGCAUUCUCAAAGCAGAGACAGGCUCAGGUUCCAAGUCGAAGUCGUCUGUGCCCAAAGCAGAGACAGAGACUCUGGCUCCCAGAUCUGUCAACAGUAUUGUUUCUGGCAAGGCUUUGACAAUGUCUGCGAGUGCACUCACAGGUUUGGACAAGGGUUGCGCGCGAGAGCUUAGCAAAUCGACUGUGCAAUCAAGGAUGGUUCAUGCUGGUGCUUUGGCCCUGGAGUGCUCUGCUGUCAUGUGCAGCUCUGCCCUGUCUUCUGUGAUAGAUGCCUGCAGCAAAGUCGCUGUUGACUCGAGUUCGGCAGAUGCUGCCGGGUCUGCAGAGCAAGCUCAGUACGGCCAGUGUAUUGUGCUCCCAGUUACCUGCAAAACACCGUUGUCCAUUGAGACUUUUCUUUCCUCACUUGGGAUUGCAGCCUCGCCAGAAUCUGUGACGCAUGCAAAAGUGUUGCAGACAGAGGUGGAAGUGAUGCUGGUCUACGGUCUCGAGCGGUCUGGCAUUGUCCAGGGAGAUCCCGCUUCGAGAGGCGCGGCGGCGACAUGCAUCACGUGCAGGAUUCCCACGUGUCUUCAGGCCGUGGAUAGAACCACGGCUUGCAAUCAACGUGCUUGUAUCUUCGAGACGUUGAACCAGCUGCCCGAGUGGUCCAGGCUUGCCAGCAUCUUCAAAAUGAAGUGCCGGCAGACAACCUGCGACAGGUAUUCGGCAAACCGCUUGACUGAGGACAGUCUUAUGUGUGACGGCUACCGUAUGCAUGACUGGAUGCUGCUGUGUCUGCCGUGCGACACUCACAAGGCAGCAACAUGCAUCAAAUCGGUGCUGUCACAGUCCGAAGUCGAUAUAAGCGGGCUGAUCAACACUGCGUUGACGUUGUCGGACCACCCAGGCGUUUUGAAGACCUUGAGGGACAUCUUGACUCGCCUCUUCUUCAACGAGUUGCAGGUCGACUUUGCCGAGCCGCCAGACGAUUUGGAGACCCGUAGAUUCAGGUCCGACCUCUUCGACAUGUAUUUGCCUCUGGUGGGGCGAUGGGCUCGUGCAAAUGCAAAGCGAAGGUACAUUCUCAGCAAUAUGCUGAACAGCAAGCUUCAGGAACCGGAGCUCCGUCAUCACUGCAGCCUCGGUGCGCGAUGCUGCGGGGGAGACAGGCAACAGACCGCAUCUACCUUUGCGAUGUUCGUGGUGUGGGCAUUGUGCCCUUGCCAGAUGCCAGUGUUGUGCAGGAAAAACUGGUUAAAUCAAGUCGAGUCCAUGCAGUGGGUGGCACUUUUCCAGGGCCACCAUGGCCUGUUUUCUCGGGUCAUGCAGCUGUAUCUGGGAAGCCCAAGUGCAGAGCCUCCUGUUUCAGGUAGACCGUCGCAGGCAGCAACAGUUGCUGUCGCAGCCCGUGCGGCCACGGAUGAUGACGAUGAUUUGUUCGCUUCAUGGGGAGCCGCACUUGACUUGGAGUUGCAGGAGGUUAGCCCAGGUGAGCAACAGCAAGCAGCAGCAGCAGCCGCAGCGAGUACCGCCGCCGGUGUCAGGGAUGACGACAACAACCCUGCUGAACCUGCUCAGCCAGCUGAUGCCGCCAAAGACGAACAUGAGGCCUGGUUGGAGAUGAAGAGAAAGCGCCGGCAGACCGCCCAAGCAUUUGCUCUGUCAGAUCCGCUUCCUAGGCUGUCUGUAAUGCACGAGGCCACGAGCCCUCUGCAAAAAUUGACCACUGUUUUUCUGCAACUGAGCAGCUACAAGUGGGAGCGCAAACAAGCUGCGCUCCAGGCAUCUGGCUUGCCGAGGUCUUUUAUGCUUCUGGAAGCUGCUCGUGGAAAUGAUGUGGACUUUGCAUUCAAAGAGUUGUUGCAGAUACUUUGGUCAGACCCAAAGGCAACUGUUGCAGAGAGGUGUGUCUGCUCGCUUCGCCUUCUAAGAUUUGCCAUGGUCGGUUCAGGGCUUUGCUCUCUGCAUUCCCUUUUGAGACGAGCACGCAGCAGCUUGCCGUACCAAGCCUUCCACUUGGUGGCCGAGGACUUAGAUGAAGGAGAGCUUCAAAGACACGCAGAGGAACUUGCGAACACACCGCCUUGCUUGAGAGAUGAAUUUUGCUCUGCUUUCCUGAAGAUGUUCCCAUCACCUGCAGAGCUCUGCGGUGAUGAAGCCCGGGCGAUAUUGCAGUCCAUCGCUGCUGUCGCUGUGACUGACAUAGCAAGUAUUGAAACAUCUCAUAGCACGACGAGGGAGUUUGCAGCUCUCCGUGCCCGCGGCUGGACUGCCUCCCUAGAGGAGGUUGCUUCUCGCUUCGUGCUUUUGCAGUUGAAGAGAGCGGCCGGAGAGACUCAUCGUGCCCACGACCGGGUUCAGCAUCGUGGUCGCAAAAGCAGCAGCAAAGGCAGUCAGAAGAAGGAGCGUGCUUGUUUUGCUUGGAAUGCUUUCCAGCAUGAUCGUUUGGAGCCUGGCAGGCCUUUCACUGGGCAUGAUAUCAGCCAGCUGGCGCAUGAGUGGCGAACCAUGAGCCAGGAUGACAAGCAGAAGUAUUUUGAUGCAGCUGCUGGUGCCAACAUUGCCCGGCAACAUGGCUUUUCAAAGUUUGGGCGCAAACCCGCCAGCAAGCCUGCCAAGCAGCUACCGUGGAACAGGGGCAUGCUUGCUGGCCCCAGCAGCUCCAAGCCCAUGCUGCUCCCAGGAGAUGAAACAUCGGACGGUGCCAUCGUUGGACAGGAUGCCGAGCUGGACUUCGCUCUGGCUGAGAACACCCAAGCAGUUGAGCACUUGCGGGAUUCUUUUGCAGAAAGGUAUGCAACAUUUGUCGCUGAGCAACCCAAAGUCCAAGAUCCUUUAGACCUUACUCCAGACGAGGAGCAGCAACUGAGCACAUUCUGCGACAACCUCGGUGCAGAUGCUGCUGAUGCUGCAUCGCUCGUCAAAGCUUGUCAGGCAUCCGACCCUGCACUGCUGCAAGGCCUGACGGCCCAUCCUGUUUCUCCUCUGAUUCGGCGUGCAGUGUGGACUCCUCCUGCUGGCAAGGCUGUGGAGGUUGGUCAGGGAACUCUUUUGCUUGCAGGGCUUUGA